UUGCCAAAUUGAUAAUAAUGAAUUGCAAGAGUUGAUCUCCCAUACAAUAUUCUUGUUGGAACAUCACCGCAAGACAAUCGUCCAAAUGAGUCAAGAUAAUAAGGAGGAACCUAAGGAAGUUCCAGUCAAUGGCAAUGUGCCUCUUACUGGAGAAAUUCCCCUAGAUUUUCGCCUGACUCCCUGUUGUGAAGUACCUAAAGCUAAACGUCCUCGUCCAGUUCCGGAAGGCGCUUGGGAAAUGUCCACAGAGGGCAUUCUUGGACCAGAUUCUCAACAUGCCUAUGUACAGAGAUGGUACUCAAUGGUUCAGCAAGAAAAGUCCGGGGCUGUCAAGUUCCAAGUGGUUAGAAACGAUAGCAAACGAGAAAGCUUGAUAUUACUCCUAGGACUGAAAAAUGUUUUUGUAAGGCAAUUGCCUAAUAUGCCCAAACCUUAUGUGACGCGACUUGUCUUCGACCGAAAGCACGAGUCGACUAUUCUUACAAAGUGCACAAGUAGUGGAGAAUAUGUGGUUAUGGGAGGCUGCUGUUAUAGACCUUUCAUUGAGGAACGCUUUGCAGAGAUUGCAUUUUUAGCCAUUUCCGAUAGUGAACAAGUUCGAGGAUAUGGGACAAGACUUAUGUCGUAUACCAAAGAACGAACGAAGGAACUAGGACUAACUCAUAUACUUACUUGUGCAGAUAAUAAUGCAGUUCCCUAUUUUAAAAAGCAAGGUUUUUCAAAAACGAUAACUCUUGAAAAAGAACGAUGGCAAGGUUAUAUAAAGGAUUAUGAUGGCGUUACUCUUAUGGAAUGUGUCUUAAAUCCCAAAGUUGACUAUUUGAAUAUUCCUUCCAUGUUAAAAGCGCAGAAGAUGUGCUUAAUAGAGAAAUUGAAGGAAAUAAGUAAUAUUCAUAUCGUUUAUCCCGGCUUGGAUCCGGAGGCUCGAAAGAGGAUUCGGUUGGAAGACAUUCCUGGUUUAAAGGAAGGUCUUGAACAAAGUGAAAGAUCUCUUGGCAAGACAAUACCCCUUGAAUCUCUUGCGGCCCCAAGAGAUCCUGCGUCUUUGCAAGCACUUCAUAAAGAACUUCAACACAUAUUAACUCAAGUUAAGCAGCAUCAAAGUGCGUGGCCGUUUUUAGAACCUGUUGAUCCUGAACAGACAGGUGCUUUGGACUAUUACGAUGUUAUCAAGAAUCCUAUCGACUUGAGAACAAUACAAGAACGUCUUGAUAGAGGAGAUUAUUAUGUGACAAAGGAAAUAUUUGCUGCGGAUUUAAAGAGAAUGAUCGAGAAUUGUGAAGCUUAUAACGGUGAAAAACAUUUUAUUACGGAAUUGGCUCACAAUUUGGAGCGAUUUUUUAAUCAAAAAUUGUAAAAGUUAUUUUAAGAACAACGUCACAUGAUAAAUAAAAUGGAAUCAAUCCCUUUCAGUUGCAAGAUUUUU